AACACGGCGAAGAAAGGCGGCGAUGGGAAUUGAACGUUGUCUUCAUCUGGCGCUGUGCGGUCUGAAUCACUGGGUCGUCAUGGGAACGAGCCUGAUUGACAGAUAAGCGUUCAGUCGUUCAGCAGUGAAGAGGAAAAGAAGAACAGCAUCACUGGAGACAUGGAGUGGCUCUGGCGGAGUCGGGGUUCGCCCCGCCUGGUCCUGGUGGUGGUUUGCGUUGCUCUGCUGCUCGACAACAUGCUCCUCACUGUGGUUGUCCCAAUCAUCCCAACAUUCCUGUAUGCCAUGGAGCACCAUCAUCCAGAGUCCCAGACCACCCAGCCAUCCCUGCCUGGUCAGCCGCACCUUGGAACAAUGCAACAAGUCACUGUUCCCUCACAAAGUUCAACCCUUCAGACAUCACAGGCCAGUCAGCCACUACCAGUCCUGAGUCCAGUCUCAGACCAGAGUACUCAGCUGAUGUUCUUGCCCAUAACGUCCCUGUCUGACAAUGUGACCUUAAGGUUUCUGGGGCGUGAGUCUGAAGACAUCAAGAACACCAAGCCAACUAGUCUGACUGCAGGUCUGAUCCUCAACGAAACCAACACAACGGAGGUGCCGGCUUCCUGUCUUCAGGACAGCGUAUUCCUGGAGGAGGAAAAUGUACGAGUUGGUUUGCUCUUUGCUUCCAAAGCACUGGUCCAGCUGUUGGUCAACCCUUUCGUUGGACCGCUGACUAACAGGAUUGGGUAUCACAUCCCCAUGUUCGCUGGCUUCAUCAUAAUGUUUGUGUCCACCAUCAUGUUUGCAUUCUCAGGAACGUACGCGCUGCUGUUCUUCGCUCGCUCUCUACAGGGAAUCGGCUCGUCCUUCUCCUCUGUGGCAGGUCUGGGCAUGCUCGCCAGCGUGUACACGGAUGACGAGAAGCGCGGCAUUGCCAUGGGGAUCGCUCUGGGAGGACUGGCUAUGGGAGUCCUGAUUGGAGCUCCCUUUGGCAGUGUGAUGUAUGAUUUUGUGGGGAAGAGCGCCCCCUUUCUGAUCCUAGCCUUCCUGGCGGUAUUUGAUGGAGCGUUGCAGCUGUGCAUCCUGCAGCCGUCAAAGAUCUGUCCCGGGAGCGUGGAGGGGACGCCGAUUCUGACGCUGUUAAAAGAUCCCUACAUCCUGAUCAGCGCAGGUUCUCUGUGUUUCGCUAACAUGGGUGUGGCCAUUCUGGAACCAACACUCCCCAUCUGGAUGUUACAGACUAUGUGCUCACCAAAAUGGCAACUUGGUGUGGCGUUUCUACCUGCCAGUGUUUCCUACCUCAUUGGGACAAACCUGUUUGGUGUUCUGGCCAACAAGAUGGGACGGUGGCUCUGCUCCAUGUUAGGAAUGUUUAUCGUCGGCAUCAGUCUUCUGUGUGUUCCGUUUGCCACCAGCAUCUACGGUCUGAUUGGACCAAACGGCGGCCUGGGCUUUGCUAUCGGGAUGGUCGACUCCUCCAUGAUGGCCAUCAUGGCGUAUCUGGUUGAUAUUCGCCAUGCGUCUGUUUAUGGAAGCGUCUACGCCAUCGCUGACGUGGCGCUAUGCAUGGGGUUUGCUAUCGGACCAUCCACAGGAGGUGCUGUGGUUCAAGCAGUGGGUUUCCCCUGUCUCAUGGUGUUCAUCGGUGUGAUCAACAUCGCAUACGCGCCCCUCUGCUUCCUGUUACGCAAUCCUGCCGUGCGAGAGGAGAAAAUGGCGAUCAUCGAUCGUGAGUGUGUGAUGCACAGGAAGAGUUACGACACACAGAAGGACAGUCGCGAGUUUCCUCUGAGCGACUACAGCGAAGGAGAACAAGAAGAAACAGAAGAAUAA